AUGAGCGGGCAAUUGAAAGACAAGGCCGGUGAGCCCAUCCACGAAGGCGAUCCUGUCGAGACCAAGAUCCGAGGUGGUACACACACGGGAACUGUCGACAAGAUUGUGACGAGUCAAGAAGAAGCCCAAGAGGAGAAUGUGAAGAACCCGCCAAAGGUAACUAGCCAGGCUGUCGUCGUGUGGAUGCGAUCGAGUUAA